CGUUUAUCCAAGCCCAUCAAUGGGUGCUACCGUGUCAACGAAACUGCGAAGCGGAAACCGAGCAAACGGUGAUGGUGAGACUUCACGUGCGUUUGGCAGCUCAUCUUUGCCGAUGGAUUUUCGCUGCGCCGCUGUGUCUGGCGAUUACAAGACUUAACCCAGCCCUACCAGUGCUGAUGCGCAAAGCAUUUUCUUUGAUGGUGGCGGCGGCACUUUCAGUAAGACAAGGAAUGCGACGUUUGAUGCAGCUGAUUUACGUAUUAUAUAUAAUAAUAAAGCAGCGCAUUACGCAUUUACAUAUUCCUACUAGUGGUACACAUCAUUGGCAACAGUCGGCUAUAUUACUAGGGGCAACAAACGAUCUAGAACUUCUGUGGUACAAUCAUCAAUUACAGCAGUGGCAUCGGACGACCCCGAAAGAAGAAGUAGGAAGAAUGAGCCUUGCACUUUUUGUAGCAAAAUGUUUUCAAGAGAGCGGGAUCAUGGACGACAUGGAGACACUUCGUGAGAGCCAUGUAGAAAGACAAGACUAGUGUGUACGUGUAGCCUGAAGUGAGCACAUUGCAAAGGGGAAUGUCAGUGAGGUUGCAAUCCGAAUGCCUCGGGAGACGACA